GAGAGGAGAGAGAGAGAGCCAAUGGCGGAUCCCCUCCCAAAGCCCCCCCAGUGGAGGGGGGCUGACGAGGACCCAGGGGGCUGGAGUAACACCGAACUGUUUGCGAUGAUCGAAAAGAUGCAGGCAAACCGGAUGGACGAGCAACGCUGUGCCUUCCCCCCUCCCCUCAAGACGGAAGAGGAUUACAUCCCGUAUCCCAGCGUCCAUGAGGUUCUGGGCCGAGAGUCUCCCUUCCCCCUCAUCUUGCUCCCCCAGUUCGGGGGCUACUGGAUCGAGGGCACCAACCACGACUUCGCGGAGCUGUCCGAACUCCAGUCUCCCGGCUGUAAGGUCAAGUUGGAAGGCAACCACUUGGCCAGAGUCUACCGGAAGCAUUUUCUAGGCAAGCGGGGCAGUAGGUCACACAGUGCACCAAUGCUACUGUCGCAAGGUGUGGGGGUGGAGCUCUCCCCCACAUGCCUCACCAGCUUACCUCAGGGUCCAUACAAGCAGGCCACCCAUGCCCUGAAACCUGCCUUGCCUUGCAGUGGCAGCUCCAGCAUCCCCGUCCAGCAGGAUCCCAUGUGGCCGCGGACGACUUCUUGA